GUUGAAGGAAAAAUUGCUGCAGCGUGUUGUAAUGGGUGGUGAGGUUAUUGACCCAUCGAAUCCAGCGUCGAAUGCUGAUUAUCCAACUGAUAUGUACGGUAGUUGGUUACCACCAACGUUGAGGGAUGCUGCUGAGCGAGUUCAAGUGGUGGCGAUUGGUGUGAAGUCCAUCGCUGGAUUGAUGCUCAAUGGGCACAUUCCAGGUGAUCGC